AUAAUAGGAGACACACGACUGUCUUGAAGCCUGACUGUCCACCAGAAAAGACGGUGCAAGGGAGUUCGACUUCUUCCACUGGAGUGAGAAUUGAAGGCUGGGAGACUCGCCUCCGUCAUGUGGAACACCUCUGAAGCCAACUUCUCCUGCUACCAUGAGUCUGUACUGGGCUAUCGUUAUGUUGCAGUUAGCUGGGGGGUGGUGGUGGCCGUGACUGGCACCGUGGGCAACGUGCUCACCCUGCUGGCCUUGGCCAUCCAGCCCAAGCUCCGUACCCGCUUCAACCUGCUCAUCGCCAACCUCACCGUGGCCGAUCUGUUGUACUGCACCCUCCUCCAGCCCUUCUCUGUGGACACCUACCUCCACCUGCACUGGCGCACUGGCGCCACCUUCUGUAGGGUCUUUGGACUCCUCCUCUUUGCAUCCAACUCUGUCUCCAUCCUUACCCUCUGCCUUAUUGCCCUGGCACGCUACCUCCUCAUCGCCCACCCUAAGCUCUUUCCCCAAGUCUUCAGUGCCAAGGGGAUAGCACUGGCCCUGGGGAGUACCUGGGUGGUAGGGGUGGCCAGCUUCGUCCCCCUCUGGCGUAUCUAUAUCUUGGUGCCUGUCGUCUGCACGUGCAGCUUUGACCGAAUCCGAGGCCGGCCCUACACCACCAUCCUCAUGGGCAUCUACUUUGUGCUUGGGCUCAGCAGCGUCGGUGUCUUCUAUUGGCUCAUCCACCGGCAAGUGAAGCGAGCGGCACAGGCGCUGGAUCAGUACAAGCAGUCAAGUAUCCGCUCCAACCAUGUGGCUGGGGCAGAGGAGGCUGUCCCUGGUCGCUUCCAGGAGCUGGACAGUGGGCUGGCACCUGGAAUGCCCAGUGAGGGGGUUUCCUCUGAGCCAGCCAGUGCUGCUACCACCCAGACCCUGGAAGGGGACUCAUCAGAAGUGGAGAACCAGCACAGCAGGGAGGCGGCUCAGCAGGAGGCAGAGAAAAGCCCUCCAGAGGCACCUGCCAAGACCAGGCCAACUAAAAGAGCCCAAAGAACUCAAGACUCCCCAUCAGAGUUUGGGAAAGUGACUCGGAUGUGUUUCGCCGUGUUCCUCUGCUUUGCCCUGAGCUAUAUCCCCUUCUUGCUGCUCAACAUCCUGGACGCCAGGGUCCACGCUCCUCGCGUUCUCCACAUGCUCGCUGCCAACCUCACCUGGCUCAAUGCUUGCAUCAACCCUGUGCUCUAUGCAGCCAUGAACCGUCAGUUCCGCCAAGCCUAUGGCUCCAUCCUAAAACGAGGGCCCCAGAGUUUCCGGAGGCUCCGUUAGAACUGUGUCCCCCAGUCACCAGGAUCCAGGACUGUCUACUCCAGUCUUCACAGAACUAAAGUGGCCAGCUGGUAGGGGAGGGGAUGAAAGUAAGAUCUUCACAGACAACUUCCCCCCACCCCCAAACCAGGCUUCUCCAUCCCUUGAUCAAGGCUUCAGCUCUAGGCUGCCCGAGGUGCUUUCUUAAUUAUUAAUAAAUGAAUUCUAUCCUUUUAGUA